AUGGCACCCGCAUCCCAGCUCUUUCAGUAUUCCACAGCGUCUGCGCUGAUGGCCGGCAUAGCCUCUACCGGUAUCCGGGUGUCCAAUCUCCUCUCGCAUGGGAACUACGGACUCGGCACGGUGGCCAAUGUGGACGGGGAAGUCGUCGUAGUGAACGGUGUUCCAUACCAUUUGCAAUCUUCUGGUGAUGUCAAGGUUUUGGACGAUCAACAACAACUUCCUUUUGCCAUGGUCGCACACUUUUCAAAAGACCGAUCGCUGUCAAUAGAUGGCCUACCUCACAAGGACGCAAUCCGAGACAAUUUACUCAGAAUCUACCCGGGCGCGACGAAUCGUUUCAUAAUCUUCAAGCUAGAGGGCCAAUUUGAUACCAUGACUGCAAGAGUCGUGCGUGGGCAGGAAUAUCCGGGACAGUCGCUCUCAGAGCUUGGAGAGCAUCAGAAAGUCAACAAGUACGAACAUGUGCGGGGGACAAUCGUGGGUUUCUGGAGUCCUUCUUUUAUGGACGGAAUAUCAGUUGGCGGUUUACAUGCGCACUUUUUAUCAUCUGAUAAUACUUUUGGAGGUCAUGUUCUGGCGCUGGAAGCGAGCGGUUCACUUCAGUUGACGGCUGAUGUUCUCAAUUCGUUUCAUUUGGAGCUUCCGGAGUCGAAUGAUUUUGAUAAGGCGAAACUUGAGCCGGGUGGCGAUGCGCUGAAAAAGGUAGAAGGAUAG